AAAUUAUGAUGACAAAAUAAACACAAACAAACACAAUGAAAAAGCAUAAUAAGGUGCUAAUUCUAAUGGUGUGUACUUUCUUACUUUGCUUCAAGCCCACUUUAUCUAAACAGAACACUCUUACUCCAAAUCAGUUUAUGCAAUAUCAUGAAACCCUUGUUUCUUCAGCUGGAAUGUAUGAAGCAGGAUUUUUCAACUUUGGCGAUUCACAGCGUCAAUACUUCGGUAUAUGGUACAAGAACAUAUCACCAAGGACUAUUGUGUGGGUUGCUAAUCGAAAUACUCCUGUACAAAACUCAACAGCAAUGCUGAAACUUAACAAUCAAGGAAGUCUUGUUAUUCUUGAUGGCUCCAAAGGUGUCAUCUGGAACUCCAAUUCAUCAAGAACUGCGGCGGUGAAAUCAGUUAUUGUGCAGCUUUUGGAUUCGGGAAACCUUGUUGUGAAAGAUGCAAGCAGAAGUUUUAAGAAUGAGGAUUUUUUGUGGGAAAGUUUUAAUUAUCCUGGUGACACUUUCCUUGCUGGAAUGAAGCUGAGAAGUAACUUAGUUACUGGUCCAUAUAGAUAUCUGACUUCUUGGAGAUCCUCUGAAGAUCCUGCUGACGGUGAGUUUUCGUAUAGGAUAGAUACUCAUGGUUUUCCUCAACAGGUUAUUGCAAAGGGAAAAACAAUUCUGUAUAGAGGUGGGUCAUGGAAUGGAUAUCAUUUCAAUGGAGUUUCUUGGCAAAUAGUUCAUAGAGUCUUGAAUUACUCAUUCAUGUUAACUGAUAAAGAAGUUACUUAUCAAUAUGCAACGUUUAACAGUUCAAUGAUUACUAGAUUUGUGCUAGAUCCAUAUGGAAUUCCAAACCGUUUUAUAUGGUCAGAUCAGAAACAAAAUUGGGUGGCUAUAUCUAGUCGUGCUGUAGACCAGUGUGAAGAUUAUGCCUUUUGUAGUAUUAACUCAAAUUGCAAUAUUAAUGAUUUUCCAGUAUGUGAAUGCUUGGAAGGUUUCAUGCCAAAAUUUCAAACAAAAUGGAAGUCGUCGAAUUGGUCUGGUGGGUGUCGGAGGAGAACAAAAUUGAAUUGCCUCAAUGGUGAUGGCUUUUUGAAGUACACAAGCAUGAAGUUGCCAGACACGUCAACAUCUUGGUAUGACAAGAACUUGAGCCUUGAGGAAUGUAAGACAAUGUGUUUGAAAAACUGUUCUUGCAUUGCAUAUGCAAAUUCUGAUAUCAGAGAUGGUGGGAGUGGCUGCUUACUUUGGUUUAACAAUAUUGUGGACAUGAGAAAACAUCCUGACGUAGGACAAGACAUUUACAUACGACUCGCAUCUUCCGAACUUGAUCAUAAAAAGAAUAACGAGAAGUUGAAGCUUGUUGGGACUCUUGCAGGAGUUAUUGCAUUCAUUAUUGGACUAAUCGUUCUGGUAUUGGCCACAUCAGCAUAUAGAAAGAAGCUUGGGUAUAUGAAAAUGUUAUUUCUAUCGAAACACAAGAAGGAGAAAGAUGUUGACUUGGCAACAAUAUUUGAUUUUUCAAUCAUCACUAGCGCAACAAAUCACUUUUCUAACAAAAACAAAAUAGGAGAAGGCGGAUUUGGACCGGUAUACAAGGGCAUUUUAGCAGAUGGACAAGAGAUUGCUGUUAAGAGGCUAUCUAAAACAUCAGGACAAGGAACUGAGGAAUUCAAAAAUGAAGUAAAGUUGAUGGCAACACUUCAACACCGUAAUCUUGUAAAACUUUUUGGUUGUUCUAUUCAACAAGAUGAAAAGUUGUUGAUCUACGAAUUCAUGCCAAACAGAAGCUUGGAUUACUUUAUUUUUGGUACUACUCUGCAAAGCAAGUUACUAGAUUGGACUAAGCGCUUGGAAAUUAUUGAUGGUAUUGCUCGUGGGCUGCUUUAUCUCCAUCAAGAUUCAACAUUGAGGAUCAUACAUAGAGAUCUCAAGACAAGCAAUAUACUUCUUGAUAUUGAUAUGAUCCCAAAGAUAUCGGAUUUUGGCUUAGCCAGAUCAUUUAUGGGAGACCAAGCCGAGGCUAAUACAAAUAGAGUGAUGGGAACAUAUGGAUAUAUGCCUCCAGAGUAUGCAGUGCAUGGGUUUUUCUCAAUAAAAUCUGAUGUUUUUAGCUUUGGAGUUGUUGUACUUGAGAUCAUUAGCGGCACGAAGAAUCGUGGAUUUUGUGAUCCUCAACAUAAUCUAAACCUUCUUGGCCAUGCAUGGCGAUUAUGGAUUGAAGAAAGGUCACUGGAGUUCAUAGCUGACAUAUCGUAUGAUGAUGCCAUAUCUUCAAAAAUAAUAAGAUUUAUUCAUGUUGGUCUAUUGUGUGUACAACAGAAACCAGAAAAUAGGCCUAACAUGUCAUCUGUGGUUUUUAUGUUGAAGGGUGAAAAUUUACUCCCCAAACCAAGUAAACCCGGGUUCUAUGCAGGAAGAGAUACUACAAAUAGCAUAGGAUCUUCAUCAAUAAAUGAUGCUUCAAUCUCAAUGUUAGAGGCGCGGUAGAAAGCCACUGUGCUUGACACUGAACUACAAUAACUAUUUUACCGACAUGAAUCGCUUGUAUUAUUUCUGAAGAUAUGGAUGCAUCAUAUAGUGUCUCUGUGACUGCAACAAGCCGUCAAGUGAAGAUUAAAGCAAGUGAUGCUUUGUUUCGAUACCGCAAUAUUUGCGUGAAUGUGUAUCGGAAUUUACCACCUGCAAAUUGGUUGACCUACAAUGUAGCGCAUUUUGUCAUUUGUAGAGGGUCUAAUCUUUGGUGUCGUGGGUUGUUUUUAUAGAUUCUGAUGUAAUUGUGCAGUUAGAUUUACAUGUAACAUGGCGAGGCCAAGGGUUUUUAAGUGCUAUGAAUAUUCAGUAUAGAUUUACAUUGUAGCUUAUAUGAAUCU